AUGGAUACGGACCAUACGGUUUUCAUACGACAGAAUAGUGGUAAUGCAAUUAUGUGCAUUGAUCGGAAAUCGUUUACGUUUUGCAAAUGCAUCCAUAUCACGGAACUCAUCUACAUAGUAUACGUUACAACCGCAAUCACUCAUACAGUACCAAUUUUAUUCCUUCUUUUCUAUGCACAAUGGUUAGCACUUAUUGCGGCGGCUAUCAUCGCCAUUGCUCACAUUUUCUUCGCUGUCGCCAUCCAUAAAGAGUCAUAUCGACUUCUCGUCAUUUUCAUAGUUUAUCAGUGUGGUGCGGUGAUAGCGCUAAUCGCUCUAGAUAUAUGGGCAUUAAUAAUUAUGGAAAUGUUUCCUGGAACAAGUAUUUUCGCUGAAAAUUGUCGCAAAACCAAUCCUACUAAUUACAAUGAAUGCGUGAGAUUAAAGGCGGCCAUACUCGGAGGUGUGACCUUAGCAGACACCAUCAUAAAUCUCGCAUUUGUGGCCCCUGUUCUUAAAAGCUAUUUCCUUUUCCUGCGAGAAUCACCCAUCAGUCCGUCGUCAACUGCAAAAAUAUCACGAUUCUCCGCUCCUGGGAUUGGAGAUGCGGCGUUGGACCGUGAACGCUACUUCGGCUCCGUGGACGUUCCAUAUUUCAGGAAAUUCUCAGCGAAUCCUCAGCAAGGACCAUUUCGCGCCCAACCUUUCACUGUAUAUGCACCGUUAAGGGAUCCGUUAGCGCUUGGCGACACGGGACUACCGCAGCAAUACGCCAACCCUACAACUGGAAAUUCAGCGUAUGCAAAUCCAGCUGGUACACUCUACCAACAACAAAAUCCAUUGUUUGUUUCACGUAUGCCUGACGAUAAGGAACUCACUGCUCAACAGUCCUAUUUGCCUGGUGGGAAUUCACUAUACGCCCAAGUGUCGAUCCCGAAGAAAUCUUCAGCCCAAGAAUAUUCCGCUGGAUUCCAUUCAACGGAUUCCAGCGAAUAUUCUAGUGAAAGUGAGCCCACAAAAAAGUACUCAAAACGUUCUAGUAUUCGUGCAAAAAGUAGUACAACUUCUCAACGAUAUCCUGGAUACGAUACAGUAUUCGAUCGGAAAACCUCGGCGGAUCCUUACAUUUUGCAAGAGGGAUUUGGUAGACGUGAUCGAAAAUAUUCGAGAGAUAUUGACCAACCAUAUAGGUCUACUGGUUAUUCGAGAAGUCUCGGAAGAUCCAGAUAUAGUAGAGAGGAUGAAUCCCCAUCGAUGAAGGAUCAGAGAAGAGAUUUUGAUCGUUCACCGUACGCGAAGGAUACGAGGCACUUCUCUGAUAUUCCCUAUAAUUCACGAGAUUUUAAACAUUCAAGAUUCGAUCGUCGUCCAUCUUCCGACUUGCAAGGUUACAGAGAACCUCCACCAGACUAUUAA